AUGUGGCUCUUCCGGAUUCUCUCGUCGGCCUUCUUCCUGACCGUGACCGUUUCCUCCAUUCCCCUGGCCUUCGAUGUGGGCGGAAAGACAUGCGGUCUGGCAUUCUCCCUAUCUCUAGCGACCUUCUACUUCCUAUUUUCGCUCCUGCGCCUUACCACGCCUGAUCGUUCUUGGCUUCGCUCCUCCCUGAUCAUCCUCAUUCGAUCGACGCAAUGGAUUAUCAUCCCGGUUCUGCUGAUUUGGUCCCUUAAUCGCUUUUCGAUCGACGCGGACAAUAACCCUGGAUGGGUGGAGCGAACCUUCAGCCGGAACCGAGCUCAGGAUGCUUCGAUCAAGGAGUGGCUGUUCGGGCCCGGCGGCCUGAUAGAAGUAUUGACAAUUGGCAACUGGGAUAAACUUUUGAGAUGGUCAACCCCCUUCUUUCAGCUGGUGGAAGGGUUCUGCAGUCUAUUGGUGAUUCAGGCUGCAGGGCAGAUCACUCGCUGGCUAGUCAACCGUGGUGGACGAAGCGAUAGCUGGAUGAUCGGUCUCCUGGUUCUUUCCGCCUCCAUAAUUUCAAGUGCCGUUUACUUCCUUUGGCGGGUCCUUCAAUUUCCUGAAAUCUCCAAUGUCGAUGCGGCCCUGAUUGGUGUGUCGAUCACCUGUGCUGUGAUCUUGUGCGCGUGGGGGAUUGGGAGUGGUCGCGGGAACCCCGUGGAGAGCUCUCUACUGUUCGCAUACAUCGUUUUGUGCAUCUACCAGAUCUUUACCGACUAUCAGCCGUCAUACCCCGUGGAAUCGGUUCCGUCCCCCGCACAGGCUGGAGAUUUCCCACCGCUACCGCCCAUAAUCAUGGCCUCCUACACCACCUUACUCCAUGCUCUGUCCCUCCUGCCCUCUAUUAUCCACGCCGCUUUCAACGUCAUCACGGCCGUCUUCGGCGCGGUGACCCCGUCCGUGCUGAUCUCGUUAACCUAUCGCAUUGCGGUUUUGUACGCGUCCACUCGAAUUAUACCUGCUGUCCGCGAAUCGGGCGCCCGUGCACUAUCGCAAGAAGCCUCGUUGGAUGAUUCGGACGCUGCAGGCCAAUUUUUGGGCCUCUUGAGUUACUUUGCGCCGUCUAUACUCAUUUCCGUUUACACAAGUUUAUUGAUGCAGCAUUUCGCUUCAACCUCCCAAGCCAUGGGAGGGAGCGGCGAAUGGUGGAGCAGUCAAGGGGGUGGCGGUGGUAACCUCUGGCGAUGGGUCAAUCUGGCCUGCACAAUGGCCCUGUAUGCCGUUGAACUCUGGCUGGGCGAAAACGACGACCUGGAUUCGGGAUUGGCGGGUCACUGGAAGUCUGACUGA